UGCGACCCGGCUUCCUGCACCGCUGGCAUUUAAGCUGGCCCUCGGCUGCGGGAUGCUGCUGCGGACGGCGAGCUGUCCGCUGGUUGCGCUUCGCCGCCGCCUCCCCGGAAGAGCCUCGGCCGGGGAGGAGCUGAGCCUAAGUAUCCCUUAACUGCAACCCGGACAGAGGAGGGGAGCGCGAGGGGAGAAGUCGGCCACCCUGUGAUCUGGCAGUUUAAUUGCAGGUUUGCUUUAAUUUCCAAGAUUGCAACGUGCCUCACCCUUACAGUUUAUUUGUCCUCCCUCGGGUCUUGGGAACUGGGCGAAGGAGGGGCUGGGCUUCUCAGGAGCAGAGGGAGAGCGCUCUCUCGGUGCCGCUCCGUUGCCCUAGGGACCCCGAGCUCCGCGCCUAGGCCAUGGUGCGGCUGAGCUCUGCGCUCCGGUGACGCGGCGGCGCCCGUCCCAGUCCGGCAGGCCGGCAGUGCGGGCAUCUUCUUGGUGGAGCCUACUGGCGCGGGGACGCGGGGACUCCGUGCCUUCCUGCUGGGGCUGCGCUCGGGGCCAGCUGCGGCCGCGAUGUUCAGCUGGCUGGGUACCGACGACCGCCGGAGGAAGGACCCCGAGGUCUUCCAGACCGUGAGCGAGGGGCUCAAGAAACUGUACAAGAGCAAGCUGCUGCCCCUGGAAGAGCAUUACCGCUUCCACGAGUUUCAUUCACCAGCCCUGGAGGAUGCUGAUUUUGACAACAAGCCCAUGGUCCUGCUGGUGGGCCAGUACUCCACCGGAAAGACCACUUUCAUCAGGUACCUGCUGGAACAGGAUUUCGCAGGCAUGAGAAUUGGGCCUGAGCCGACCACUGACUCCUUCAUUGCAGUGAUGCAGGGAGAUGUGGAAGGGAUCAUCCCUGGAAAUGCUCUGGUGGUGGAUCCUAAGAAACCCUUCAGGAAACUCAAUGCCUUUGGCAAUGGCUUCUUGAACAGGUUCGUAUGUUCCCAGCUGCCCAACCCUGUGCUGGAGAGCAUCAGCGUCAUCGACACACCGGGGAUCCUCUCUGGGGAGAAGCAGAGGAUCAGCCGAGGGUAUGACUUUGCAGCUGUCCUCCAGUGGUUUGCCGAGAGGGUCGAUCGUAUCAUUCUGCUCUUUGACGCCCACAAACUGGACAUCUCCGAUGAGUUCUCAGAGGUCAUCAAGGCCCUCAAAAACCACGAGGACAAGAUGCGGGUGGUGCUAAACAAAGCCGACCAGAUCGAGACACAGCAGCUGAUGCGGGUGUAUGGGGCUCUCAUGUGGUCUCUAGGGAAGAUUGUGAACACCCCGGAAGUGAUCCGGGUCUACAUCGGCUCCUUCUGGUCCCACCCCCUUCUGAUCCCUGACAAUCGGAAGCUCUUUGAGGCUGAGGAGCAGGACCUGUUCAGAGACAUCCAGAGUCUGCCCCGAAAUGCUGCUCUGCGCAAGCUCAAUGACCUCAUCAAGAGAGCCAGGCUGGCCAAGGUCCAUGCCUAUAUCAUCAGCUCUCUGAAGAAAGAGAUGCCCUCUGUGUUUGGAAAGGACAACAAGAAGAAGGGGCUGGUGAGCAACCUGGCUGAGAUUUAUGUCCGGAUUGAGAGAGAGCACCAGAUCUCACCUGGGGACUUUCCCAACCUGAAGAGGAUGCAGGACCAGCUGCAGGCCCAGGACUUUAGCAAAUUCCAGCCCCUGAAAAGUAAGUUGCUGGAGGUGGUGGACAACAUGCUGGCCCAAGACAUUGCCCAGCUCAUGGUGCUGGUGCGCCAGGAGGAGACUCAGUGGCCAGUCCAGGUCCUGAAGGGAGGAGCAUUCGAGGGCACUCUGCAUGGUCCCUUUGGGCAUGGCUAUGGGGAGGGAGCUGGUGAGGGCAUCGACGAAGCUGAGUGGGUGGUGGCCAGAGACAAGCCCAUGUACGACGAGAUCUUCUACACCCUGUCACCUGUGGAUGGCAAGAUCACAGGUGCCAAUGCCAAGAAGGAAAUGGUGCGCUCCAAGCUGCCCAACAGCGUGCUGGGGAAGAUCUGGAAGCUGGCUGACAUUGACAAGGAUGGCAUGCUGGAUGACGAGGAGUUCGCACUGGCCAACCACCUCAUCAAGGUCAAGCUGGAGGGUCAUGAGUUGCCUAAUGAGCUGCCUGCCCACCUUCUGCCCCCUUCCAAGAGGAAAGUUGCUGAGUGAUGGGGAGGGAGAGGGUGUUCAGGGCAGGCAGGCAUUGGAGGAGGAGAUGGGAGAGGUGAUGGGAUACACACAGACACACAGACACACAGACACACAG